AAGACGUUUCACCUUCAUUUAAGAAGCGUCUUCAGAUCUAACCGACUGACGGGGAGUUUCACACGUACAACUCCCUCAACAGUUUCACAACCAUCCACACCUCAUGGCAUGCAAGACAUCUGAGAUGGACGUGACAAUGUACAUCCGAGACUAAGAAGCCUCACAGACGAAAGUGAAACGUCUUCAGAACAAACAGAAAACAGCCCCGUUAGUGAAGCCCUGAGUACUGCCAUGCCUCUAAAAGCAGCCAACAGAUGAUUGAUAUCCAUGAGAUUUAUUUGCACUGAUUCAUGUUAUAUCGUAGAACAUCAACGUCCAAUUCAAUUUGUGCUCGCAUUUGUGACGCCGAAUGACGACUUUUAUUUUGAAGGCCGCCUGCAGCAGUGUGACAGCGUAACGCGUGCGCGCCGACGCUCGCUCUGUGGGAUUAUUCGUAAACUCAAGUGCCCCCCAAUCCUCCGAGAGAACUGCAACUGUUGUUACAGCUGACACACUUCCCAUUUGGACCAGGCCAGCAGCAGCAGCUCCGCACUACUGUGAACUAACUUCCUGCAUGUGGCUGUAGGUUAAACGGGGUUUCGGGGGCUGAGCGGCCGCCGCUGCUGUCCAUGCGUGAUCCUCUGCGCUCCCCUCCGUGGAUGGUGCGGAAUAAUAUCAUCUGGAGAGGCCGAGGCCGACAUUUUACCCCGGUCCGGAGGAGCCUUAACUCCGAGGGGACAUCCGAGGACACGCGUUGAGGCUGAGAGAUUGAGAGCUGCAGGGCUGCGACAUGUGAAGAGAGCUCGACCCCUUGACCCUCUCAACUCUCAACCUUAGCAGAACUCACUUAAACUCACGUUGUGACCGCGACCUGACACCCUCCUGCCUCGGGCAUGCCUCAGCCGGGUAUGAACGGGAUGGAGCCUGCGUUUGGCGAGGCCUACGGGGGGCACAGGGGUCUGCUGAGCCCCUACCCCCUGGCCAUGUCGCCACAGGGGGGCAGGACCGAGUACGAUCAGAGUGUGCUCCUUAUGCUGGGCUCCCCAGCAUCGCCAAGGAAACGGCCCUUUGAGUUGCUAAGCGACCUGGUGGACGACGGAGGCUUUGGCGAGGACCUGCACCCGGAGCGCUGGGAUGUGUCGGCUCUGGACGAGAUGGCUCGCUACACCAAGCUCGGCCUCGGGGUUGGGGGGGAGCUGCUGGCCUGCUCCGAGGAGGCUGUCCUGAUAGGCCGCUGGGGGAGGAGCCGGGAGGAGCAGGAGGAGGAAGAGGAAGAGGAGAGGAGGAGGGGGAACAGACACGCAUCCCCUCCCGUCACCCAGGAAGUCCAGGACCCUGCUGCUGCUGCUGCUGCUGCUGCAGGGGAAGAGGAGGGGCGGAUCUCUGUUGCCACGACAACGGAGAGGGAGUUAUGUGUUGCAGGAAGAGCAGCAGGAGGAGGACAGGAUGGGGGGAUGUCAAGGGAGCGUAUGGUGGAGGUCUAUCAGGUGGCACAGGAGGAGGAAGAAGUGGUGGCGGUGGCGGCGGCGGCGGCAGCGGCGGCAGGGCUGGCUCUGGAGCACUGCAGCGAGGAGCACAACUACUCCCUGAGCCAGGGAGGGGAGCUGGGGGCAGGGCCCGGUCACAACUCCCAGUCAGAGGAGGUGCAGGCGGCGGAGACGCAGCAGGAGGCGCGUAGGGACGAAAACCAGGCCAGGACUGAGCUGGAGGAUGAGGAUGAGGAGCAGGAGGAGGAGGAGGACGAAGAGGAGGAGGAAGAGGAGGAAGAAGAGGAGGAGGAGGAAGGAGAGGAGGGAGCGGAGGAGACAGCGGUGGAGGCCGAACUCUCAAGUUCCUCAGAAACUGAAUGUGAGGUGGAGGCGGAGCCAGCCAGGCAGCCAGGUGAGCGCCCGUCGAAGCGCCGCUGCUUCUGGGAGUACAGGCGCGCUCGGGAGUCGGCCACGAAGAAGAAACUGGGCGGUGACGUCCACUGGUCUCUGUCCUGGAGCUCCAGCACUCUACCCAGCACGCUGUACCGCAGAGAGGGCAAGAAAGGGCGCCGCAAAGCACGCAAAACCGACGCCAGCGACCUGACGCCGAACCCCCAGAAGCUCCACAACAUCGGGGAGCAGCUGCAGAAGCUCAACGCUGCCAUCGACGGCAUGGGUCCGGUCAACGACCUGCCCGCCGUGGCUCGAGCCCGGUCCCGCAAGGAGAAGAACAAGCUGGCCUCUAGGGCCUGCCGGCUGAAGAAGAAGGCCCAGCACGAAGCCAACAAGAUCAAGCUGUGGGGGCUCAACCAGGAGUACGAAAACCUGCUGGGGGCUCUGCUGCGGAUUAAAGAGGUGAUCAGACGACGGGUGGAGAGCAGCGAGGAAGAGGACACGGACGAACGAGGGAUGACCCAACGCCUGGAAGACAUCCUCAGAGAGUCCAGCGGUCCCUUGGUCGCUGGGCGGACCAAAGACUUUGUGCAGAGGAUUUUGGCUGCGAGCGCGGGCGGUCAGAACCAGCGCAAAGAGCCCCCGCAGGGAGGAGACGAGGCGGCCGGGUAAACCCACCUCGUCUUCCUCGGCGCCCUCCCCUCCCAGCACCACCUGACCCGACCCGACCAAGCUCCCCCACCACCACCACCACCCCCGCAGCCUCUCCACUCUCAUGUCGCACACAUCAAGAGCGAAGAGAUGGGGAGGUGGAGAGGCUGGGAAAGAGGAAGAAGGAGGAGGAGGAGGAGGAGGAGGAAGAGGAGGAAGGAGUAGCCUAAACAAAAUGGCAGUAAAUUGCCACCUUGCUCCUGGUCCUCUCCCGUCGGCCCUCCAAACAGCAGCCGUCUUCACCGCUCUGUCUCUGCAGGCUGCACCACAACCACCACCAGGCCAGAGCUGCUGCUGCUGCUGCUGAUGUCUCCGUGUUCUGUGUUCUGUCUGUGUGUGUGUGUGUGUGUGCGUGUGUGUGUGUGUGUGUGUGUGUGUGUGCGUGUAACAUACUGUAUGAGCGUGUAUAGUGUUCCUCUUUCCCUCCGUGUGCUGUAUUUGUAUCCCAUUGUGCCUAUGAAUAGACAUUGCACUGUUUUGUAGAUGGUCGUAGUUGUCGGCAGGGGACCGGUAGUGAGCUGAGGGCGAGGGGGCAUUUGAGGAUAGAGGAAGUUCUAAAAUAAGGAAGUGGGAGGAGCCCAGGCCUGGAAAACAAAGAAGCGGGUGUGUGUUUUUUGUUUUUUUUUGUUUGGCUGGGCUCCUGCAGAAGCACUGCAUACCAUUUGGAUUGCAUUGGCAUCUGAAAUGUCAGUAAGUGUUGUGACACACAACAAACGAUCGAGUCCUGAUGUCAGACCAGCGCAGACAACAGCCUGCAUGUUGUGGAAAAGUCCUCGGAGCUUUAAUAGACCUUCUUUAACAUCCCCUUCACCCCCCAUCAAAAUGUAAGCAAAGUUAAAAACGAAAGAGGAAACUGCACCUUAAUCCAAACUGACCAAAGAUUCCUGAUGUUGCUGAACCACUCGGACACCAAAACCUCUCACUGCUCCAGAUGCUGCCAGCCAUGAACACAUCACUGAGUUUUGCAGAGUGAGGCAUAGAGUGACUGAAACGCUUUGAUUGUUGUCAUGUUCACCCGCAUGCAUUCUUCAAAGACGAUAUUAACAGAAUAGACUCCAUUGAUUCAUUUAAAUGCACUUCCAUCACAGACCCGCCAGGCCGUGGUUUGGCAGAAAGGAAAGGGCUGACGGGUCACUUUUGGGUCAGCCUUCCAGCUCUGCAGCCUGGUGCUCCUUUAGCUUAUCUGCAGUGGCUUUACGUUUACCCACAAAAGGGAAGUGUCCUCAAUGCCUUCCCCGAGCCCUCUCCUCAACCCCUGACCUGAUUAUGUAGCGCAACUUCCUGAAUUGCAAUGACAAAUAGAGAAAAACACUUGUAGGUCUAGACAGCAAAUAAGUCUAAUUUGUUUUUUUGUUGUUUUUUUUUAAUGGUUUUGUUGUUAUUUGGCAAUGCCACAGCCCACAAAGUGGGUGUCAGUCUUGAGCGUUUUGAAAUCUGCCUUUCUUCUGUGGUCUUUGCUUGAAGCUGUAGACCAACCUGUCCACGCUCUCUAAAUAUUGUUGGACAUAAAAAAAAAGUCAAGGACCCUUUGAAUUGCACUGUGGUAAGAGCAACCAAGCACCUUCAAAGAGGGCUUCAGAUCCUCCAAAAGAGAAAAAAAAAAAAAGACUCUUGGCACCUUUUUCUAAAGACAGAUAUUGAUUGACAGACUCGAGGGCGCCCAGCGCUUUGUGACCGACUGGUGGUUUCGGUUUGUUGCAGUAUGGUGCUACUAUAUGUUGAUUUUUUUUUUUUUAAAAAGCAAUGCAAACCUGUGUGGAGGCAUCAGGCAGUAACUGCUGACUGGGUUUUGGCCUGCGAGCACGUCCUGUUGUAAUAGGCAGUUUGUUUGCAUAAUGACGCCUUUCUAAAGUGCCUGGAGCUUAAAGCCACAGGGACCUGUGUUAUUAUGCCUGAUCUUAAAUCCAAUUACAAGGUAACCCAUGACUACUGCUCCAAGCUUGGCCUCACUUGACUUUAGCUGGAAGGGAGAAGAAAAAAAAAAACGCAGGCUUGUGUAGGAUAUUAUCACUUAUUCAGCCAAAAAACAGUGAGCCAAAAUAUUUUCCUUUCACAUUGAACUUACACAUGGAAACAGUAGCUAGUUUCUGUGAACAUCAUCUCUGGGAAACAUACAUGGAGGAGUGGCUGCUAGCUAGGCAAUUCCCUUUUGUUUUUCAACCUUGACGGGCUCCCAUCUGGGCUGCGUUCCAAAGCUGCUGUUCUAUAACACACUGUUCUCCUCCUAUGGAAAAUCCAUUUCCUGUUUCAGCCAGGAGAGGAGGAGGAGUUAACCUUGAACCUUCACGUCCUGGAGGUCUCGCUCGUGGUCAUUUCGAAAGCUGUGGACUGCUGGGGUGUUCGGCGGCGCUCCACUUCAGUUUCUCUAUCGUUCAUUCUGGGAAAUGUUGCUCAUCAUCACUAUGAAGCUGUACUGUAAACACAAGAUUCCUGUUGCUCAGCUGGAAAGGUUUUAUCGUGGAGUUCUGCCGCUGGUGACCGGAGCUCUUAAGCUCUGAUGCCAAACACAGAUAGUCUGCGGCUUUGCAAAAAAAAAAAAAAAUGAAGAUGCAACAGCAGGAGGCUCUGAUGUCACCUCUUAAGCAUUACCACAGAAACCUGAUCGGGUUUUCAUGCGAUCAUUUUACAGAGAAGAAAGACGGAUGAUCUAGGACAAGCUCGCUGCAGCCGGAAGAGGAGAACUCUGAGCUUGUUAAAGGUGUGCGCUACACUUUCCCUGCUGCUGCCGCCGCUGUGCUGAGACGUGCUCACCUCCCUCCUCCCGCUUCCUCUGGAGGGUUAGGAAGCUGGCGAUGCUGCCAGCCGAGUCACAGGAUCUCGCACUGGCAACAGCUUGUGCAACAGAAAGAAAAAAACAGAAAGAGACGAAACAGCAGAAAACAACUGCACAUAUCGCCGAGGUUUAAAGUGUCGUACAACCCAUCUGUCGUGUCAAACCAGGACGAGGAGGUCUUUGGGUUUAAGAGAGAUUCCCCUUUGAAUGCACAAGUUUGUCCAGAUAUUUUCCUUCCUCCGAAGCGGCGUUAUGUAACACAACACACCAUCUGCUGUGUACAUUCAUCUAUAUGCCAAAAACUGAACUGAAGAGAAAACUGUUGUGACACAGUGAGUUCCUGCCUCAGAUCCAAACAGCAAACAAGACAUGAUGCCGGAUUUAACGCAACUCGCGAGCUCGUACACGAGCCACGAGCGGUACUGUAGCAUUCGCCCUCUAUGGGGGAAAACAUGUUUAAAAACAUGGAAUAUCCCUUUAACAGUAAAGCUUUAAUGGGGAGUGGCCGGUCUUGGCAAGGUCACUCGUCUCUGCUCACAUUCCUGAUUCAGUUUCCCAGAAAAGUCUGUGUUUAUGUGCACCUGGAAGCCGGAGGCAGAAACUGAAAUGACCCAAAGACGUCAGCUGUUGGGUCACUUCUCUGUAGCUGCUGUCAUGACGGCGCGAGUCUGGCUCGGGUCAAACAAGGAGCAGCUGAGGCUUAAAGAAUACAAAACUCAUUCUCUCAGCUUAUAAAUCUGUCCCGCUCUGACCUAAUAUGGACAGUGACUCUGCAUAAACUGGACGAUUCUUAUCUGAGCUACUUCCUCGUUGGGUGUCACCGUCUGCUGGAGACGGAGGGAAGUAAACAGCAGCCCGGCUCUGAUGUGGUCGCCGGGUUUUUCUGAGAAAGAGAAAGUUUUUGUAUCGAGCUCUGUCUUCGUGGUAAAAGCUGGAUCCACCUGACCUGCACUCCCACUGUCACAUAUACACAGAUUUAGCUCACAGUCUGCUUUAGGUGUUGUUGGUGAGGCUGCUCAUGAACAGGGAGGACAGCCACUGUUUCCUGUGUGCAAAUGUCCACCGGAUGCAAGACCACAAACGGCUCACACUGGAUCUGAAAGCAUAAAAUUCACCGAUGAAUGUGUGUCAGUUGGUUGGACGCUGACAUAAACUUCAUAUUUAAUGAUGCAUUACUGACUUUGAGGAGGCUUUCUCUUCUCUUUCUCUGCACAUUGUUUCCAGAUAGAAAAUGACUGGAUGGCAUGCUGCUGCUGCUGCUGCUGCUGCUGUGUGCGGUAAUUAAGACGCGUGUCGGCAGAACAAAAUAAAAUCACUGCAAAUGUCUGUUCAAUAUGCUUUUAAAGCGCAGUAAAAAAAAAAAAAGAAAAGUGUAAUUGAUAUUGGAAAAGAAGCUGCUGAAGGACGUAGUGCUCCGAGGCGCUCGGCUUUAAAACGCUUCCAGUGGAUGUUUGAAGUGCAAAGACACCAUGAAAAAAUUCAGCAGCAAUUCUGAUCAUCAGAGAGGAAAGUUAACCAGGGAACUCACCAAACAGUCCCACUUCUGCCGCCUUUCUCUCUCUAUAUCGUCGUAAAUUGAAUAUCUGUGGAAGGUUCUCAGUUCGUUUUCUACCGUUUUCAGAUGUGACUGAAUAAUCAGUGAUGAUUGUUGGCGUCCUGGCUGGAAAGAUCUGACAUCUGACAGAAAGACGUGUUUGGGUUAAGACACCCAAAGUCUUAAAUCUGUGAGAAGUCGGUGUUGGAGCAGGCAGGAAGGCUUCCCUGGCUGUUCAUGGGGCUGCGGUGGGGUUUUUUUGGACCAGGCGUCGAGGCGUUGUGGACCUGGCGGCGCUGAAUAGACCCAUCAGUAAGCCUACACUGGUGGGACGCUGCUGACCUGCGGGUGCCCGUCCCCACUCUGCUCCACUGCUCACAUUGUUGGAGACACUUAGGCUUCUCCGGUUUCAAAGGCGACGGGCCUCCAGGCAGAGCAGGCCGGGGAAGCAGCACUUAGCCGGGGCCCCUGAGUAGUUUAUCCGAAACCUUUUAAUCCCCUCACCGCCCCCCCACCACCUCAGCCCGCUGUCGCACUCUGACAGCUGCAGAGGAGGACUUCAGUCGCUGCUGUCUGCCGCGGCGGCCUGCAUCCCGAUGCCCUCGUCUCCUCUGGCGCUGACCUGGAAACCUCCAUCUGGGAAGCAGCCAGAUGGGGGGAAGGUGUCGGUUUAGAACCUGCGGGUCCUCGUAGGGUUUUGCUCAUCGUCGAGGCUCUCGCGCCGUAUCAUUUAAAUCACGGAGCUUAACAUCUGUUUUCUGAGAGAGAUUAAUCUGUUUUAAAAACCCACAAGGUUGCUUACGGACCCUGAAAACCUAUUUCCUUAAUCAGCUUCUUACCACGAGCAUCCCGGUCCUACAUGGGUCCACCGUGUUCUGCCAGAAUUAGAUAAUUAUGUUAAGAGAGAUUAUGCUAUAAGGUGGGACAGAGGAGGCUGGAUCGGUGCAUCACCAGCGAGUAGCAUUAAUAGAGAUAAACAAACCUAAUUAGUUUUUGUUCAGGCGGUGAGAUGCCGUAGUUUCAAUGUUUAAAGGAUUUACGUCGGCAUCGUGGGGAAUAUUCUCUUUCACGUUCUUGCUGAGAGUUACAUGAGAAGAUUGGUAUUGCUCUUCCCAUUGAAGCUACAGCCAGUCAGCUUGGACUGGAAACCAAACUGUUGCCACCAGCACCUCUAAAUCUCACCAACCGAUGCACUAUCUGUCGUUUGUGUAAUCUCACAAGAGCAGAACGAUGUCGUGUUGGAACCUACACACACUUAAACGCGCCCGAUGGGUGAACGGCGGGUCUGAAACGCUCGGCUCCGUGUUGGCAGACGUGAUGAUGAUGAUGAUGAUGAUGAUGAUGAUGAUGAUAAACUGGCAGCUGAGACGCACCUCGCGGCUUCAACCAAAACCAAGUCAGUCGUUUCUGUCUUAUGACGAGUCGAAACCAAAGGCCGGUCGUUGACAUGAGCGGGAAAAGGACAAAAGAUAAAAGUCUCAUUAGAUAUGAAACGAUGCUUUGGUAAAAGAGAAAUCCUGUGGAGAGAGUAAAGAGUGAAUAAUCACA